AUGGGACAGUCCUCUUCUACACAACGUGAACCACCUGAUAUCGGAUACCCGGAACCUCAUUCGCCUUUCUCGAUACAACGUGGCCCGAACACGAGGGAUGAAGAAAUGAACCAUAGGCAGGCGGCUGAACACAACCCGGAGGGUGCCUCCUCGCAACGUGCCGAGAUGGACACGAAUAGGGGCGAUCAAGAUACACUCGAUAUGACAAGUGAGGCACAGGAAACAUGGCAAGAACCUACGCGGUUCUCCGGUGGAUUUUCGCAACCCAUGCGCAGUAUCGAAGAGGAGAGUGACCCAGAGAUUGAACUGUCGUCGCGCGAAAUACGCACUGCAGCCUUUGCUCGAAUGGCAGCUCGGAGGCAAUCGACGAUGUCAAGACUGGGUUCUAGACUGCUUCCCAAUUCAGUCAUUCGUGGGCUUCUCAACAGCCAAGAAGAGACCCCGGCUGAGGGUCAUGCACACCGACAUGGGCUAGUGUCUAGACCCAUUCCAAGGUCAGAGACGACCUAUACAAGUGGUCGCUUCAGUCCUUUCACAUCACUCAGCUCAAGAGGGAUUACUCGACGUCGAUCUACCCGAGGGCCUUAUUUCAUUCCCCCUCGCUCGGGAUCCUCUGGACCCCCAGAUCCCUCUGGAAAUCCGCCAUAUCUCGAUUCCGCCGAUCAAGUUCCAGAGCCUACAAGAGCCUCCUGGCGUCGCAGUGUUCGAUUGAGCCGCGUGCGAAAUUCGAUUUCCUCCCCCAUCUCUCACAUGUUUGGUCAACCACACUCAAAUUUGCCGGGCCAGGGAAACCCGGCACAUCGUAUGUCGGAUCCAUCGUUGGAUGGAAGAGCGAUGGACACCCGGAUGGACUUCGGUGAACCACCCCAUGAACUUGAUUCAGUGGAACCAGCCAUUCAGGCAGGGGGUUCGUUAGCCGGCCCGCCUCCUGAACACACGAAUCCUGCUUUGAUGCGCCGAUUGCCUGGUCUUCUACGAGCGAGAUCAUCUAGAGCACUGCAACGAGAGGAGCAAACUCCUCUGUCAAGAGUUCUCCAGCUCGCUGCAGCGGCAAUUGCCGCUCAGCUCUCCGGUACUGCUGGCCCUGCCUUGCCCAACAUCCAGGCCCUAGGAAAUGAUGGCAUAGAUGGCUCUUUGGAGACCUUUAUCCAAAGUUUACAGCACGCGACCUCUGCCCAAGCCCAGCCACCCGCAGAAGGAGAAGGACCGAGUGGUUCUACGAACGAAGAACCCUCACCCCCUGUCAAUUUCCUGCGUGUUUUCCGAUUUGCCAAUUCAGAUUCGCCGGCAGGCCCUGGUGCUCCAGAACAGAACGCAAACGGCCGUAGCGAUCGCGGUACCCAGAUCCCCGAGGGAAUGGACGUUGACGAGCCUGCUGAAGGCGAAGGACGAACAGUGACCCUGGUCGUGGUUGGUGUUAGAUCGGUCCCGGCAGGGAAUGCAGGCACUGAGCAACAUGGCCCUCCGCCGCCAGGUGCUGGUGGAGCCGGUUUGGAUGCUCUUCUUGGUCUGCCAUUCUUGCCACCCAAUGUUAUUCCUCGACCGCAGGAUGCCACGGGUGAUGCGACGCAACGGGGAGAGCCACGUUUCAGAUUGCCUAUUCCUCGUCAUCCCGGCCAUGCAGGACUCCAUUCCCCCACUGGAGCACCGGCCUCGUCUCGUCCAGCAGGGCACAGUACUUCCAGAAGAUUAUCUGAUGCCGGGCCCCGUGCUGCGUUCCCAUCCUUCCCCCCUUCUGCCUUCUCCGACAGUCCUCCAGGGCCCCACCCUCCGCCAUCCACUCCAGCUGAUCAGGGUUUGUCUGCUGUGUCCUCGGGCACUUCUACUCCAAGUCGCAGACCGUCUUCUGCCUCGGCAAUUGCUCCAGAUAUUCUGCCUCAACUAAACGAGGGCCAGGCAAUGCGGCCGAGGCCGGGGUCCACGGAGGAGCCUUCGACAUUCAAUUAUGCUCACCAGCGACGCCGUAGUGAUUCCGAAUUCGCUCGUCAUCGGGCACUGGGCUCUGGUGCUGUCCGACGAAACGGCAUGGUUGAGCCCGAUCAGCCCCCACCAAGCGGAGGUCGUAGUUGGUUGAUCUAUGUUGUUGGAACCAAUCUCUCCGAGAAUCAUCCGGCUUUGACUACUCCAAGCCUUUUCACCGAUAACCCAACCUAUGAGGAUAUGAUCCUGCUCUCAUCACUAUUGGGUCCAGCUAAACCCCCUGUCGCCUCUCAGUCCGAUGUCAACUCUGCAGGCGGACUAUUUCGUCUCGUUGAGUAUGGUGGCUCCUUGGUUGCAGAAGCCCUGGAUGGCGCUGGCGCCAUUCAAAUCCAAGAUGGGGAGCGUUGCUUGAUCUGCCUGAGUGACUACGAAGUGGCGGAAGAGGUCCGAGAACUGAAUAAAUGCAAGCAUGUUUUCCACAAGGACUGCAUAGAUCAGUGGUUAACUACUGGGCGUAACUCUUGUCCCCUUUGCCGAGGUCAAGGUGUAAAUGAAACCACCAGCAAUGCAAACUCAGCGCCAGGGUCCGCUCCUGCUCCUGCUCCUGCUCCUGCUCCCGCUGCAGAUGGCACAUCCGUCUAA